GCUUGGUUCUGUCGUCGCGUUACUGAAACCACGUGAAUCGUUAAACUAAUUAAUUUGUUAGUUAAAAGAUAUUAAAAUUAAUAACAAUUCUUUAUGGUCUUGUCUAAAAUAGCAGUUGGUGUAUUAUAGGAAGGGAAAACUAAGAGUUUCGGAAAAGUAUGAAAGUAAAAUUAUCUAUGUUUAUCUAAUCUGUCAAAAUAGGGGUAUAAAGAUUGCUUAAUAACCGCGAAUAUUUUGAUAAAGUAUGAAUUAUUAUUCUACUGAUCAGUAGAAAAUCACACGCAAUUGGACCGCAGAAGUUUUCCAGACAGAAGGACAAACGGAUUUUAUUGGAAGAAAAAUUAUCACGUUCAUUGAGACGCUUCGCUCCGAUCCGACUCACAAACGAAGAGGCUGCUGACGGUGGGAAACUUGAAUGGAUCGCAAUCGGAAUACGUCGAUUACGAUGACUAACCGCGGAAAAAUGAACGCACCGGUGUACGCGUCGUCCUGCCCGGCGUUGCAGUCGAAUCUCUCUUUGCACAGUUCCUCGUACUACAGCGAGUACAGCGGCGCCGCAAGGAGACGUUUGUCCUCGACCGGCGAACCGGACACAUCCGCCACGUCGAGCUACGAGGGCAGCGACAGCUCCGAGAACAGCGACGAGUCUCGUCUCGAGCCUGUCAGCCAGGUGGAGCGGGAACAGCUCGAGACCUUCUUUCGGAGCUUGAAGUCCCAGGUAUUCGUCUGCGAGUCGCUGGCGAACCUUUAUCUGGGAAACGCAUCCCAGACUGAGCGAUGGGAGCUCCGAUUCACCGGGAUACCAGUGGUUGUUCUGGAUCUCGGUGAGACGCGAUCGAGAUCCAAGAGACGGAUCCAAAUUCUGCUGGCGGAGCGUGGCACUUGCUUCACUCUUUGGCGGGAGACCAUCGACAAUCUGUCAUCGUACAAGGUAUCGGGCCCAGCUUUCCACACGAUGUGUUUAUCAUCGGAUCACACGCGUCUCGCGGGUCUCAGUUUCGACAAUCCAAAAGCGGCGAACGAGCUGUGGCAACACAUAGAACGGCUGGUCUCCUGUCCAGAGAACAUCAGCCUCUCGGUGCCAGGGAAAAAGAAGAAGAAACCAACGCCGAAGAAGGUUGUUCUACCGGCGAAGAGCAACAUCAGCCAACCGUGUCAGUUUCAACACGUGACCAGCGUGGACGCUGCCGAUCGAACACGGUAUUUCUCGCUUCAGACCCUGGUCCCGGCCCUGAACGAGCUAGAGAAUUCGUUGGAGGUGAAUUUCUGAGAAAAAAAAAAGCUUGACGAGCGGUCGGAUUCAUAAUGUCCCGUGUACCCUCGUCCCUUUUCCCUCCAUUCUGCCCAG